AUGGCCGACUUCAACAAAGCUGGGGCUGAGCCUUUUGGAAGCCCCCCUGUUUGGGCCGAAACCCGCCAGGCUCUUUGUGAUGCCCUGCCUUAUUACAAGGCUCACCAGAGCAGUGGCUACACCAGCGGCAAGAUCCUCAAGGGAUUUCUCAUUGCCGGUUUUCCUUCUGUUCGAGACCGCAUGGAUACAGAGGUCAUCAUCACUGCGCUUGGUGGUGGCAGAGAGCGUGAUCAGAACGGCGACCUGGUCCGAGUCAAGGAUCCCCAAAAGUCGAACAAGGAAUCUGCCCACACAGCUAUGAUGGGUGCAAUGCCCGUUGAUGCCAACUACCCCGGCUUGUCCAUCGCUACCGAGCACAAGUAUAAUGUCAUGGGGUUCUUCACCAUCACUGAUAUUUGGUCUGAGGUAGACGCCACUGGUCAAACCUUUAACAAGAUUCGACUUGAGAAGGCCGACCGUUCUACGCCGUCUUGGUGGCAGGCAAAGGCUGAAGUUCAACACACGGUCAAGCCUCGGGAGUUCAGUGACGUUCGUCAAAACUGUCGCAAGUGCUCGAAGAUGUCGAAGCAGUACUUCGUUCAGGGAUGGACCUGCCUGAAUGCUCACUGCGAAGAGUGCUUCACCUUUCCAUCGGACGUCGACACCAAGGGGCUUACAGCCGCUUCCCACUGCGCCGCAACCCUUGCUUGGUGCACCGACUGCCAUGAGCACUCCAAGUCGAUCUUCUCUUCUGGAUGGACUUGUCUCAACAAUCGCUGCAGACGCUUUUUCAAGUUUCCAGCUGGAGUGGACGUCACUCAUUUGGAAUACUCUGCUGACUUCCUUCAGGAGAGAACAUCUUUUCAACUCCCGAAGCAGCCUAUCCGUCCCGCCAUUCCUUCCAUGGAAGGCUACUUGGGCACAGAAAAGGCAAUGCGUGCGGGCAUCGUCUGCCCUCAAUGUCAUGGUUGCUCAAGGCGAAUCGACUGGACACACUGGGCUUAUGAGAACCCAGCGUGCAGCUUUGUCUUGAUGGCUACGCCGACUUCAUACUCUCUGCAGCACAUCCUCCAAGAGGAGACACGCACCAAGAGGAACUCAGCCAACAGGCCCAGAGCACUUGAUACAAGCAUUCUGCAGCACCGUGCUCAGAUCAAUGGUUUUCCAAUUGAGCAGUAUCUUCUCCCGGAUCCCUUCAACACCAGUAACAUCAUUGGCUCGGUCAGCAUCAUCCGCACGAACCAGGAAAUCAACUGCCAGCCUGGUGGUCCUGACAAGAUGUGGGAGAUCUCUAACGAGACUGUUGACACCCUCGGCCUGACCAGAAACCCUGUGUUUCAGAGCGGAUCAACCGGAGAGAAGCUGACCCGGAACUUUCUCCAAAACUGGGGCGCCCCUUACAAGUUCAUUGUCGCGGUGGAUUCAAUGCCGUUUUCAGCGGCCCCUGAAGCGCUCAUGGGAGCCCUCAAGAGAAUGGAGUGGGCUGGCCGCGCAUCGGUUGAGAUGACGAACGAAGUCCUGGGAACUGCCAGCAGCCCUGCUCAACACAUUGGGUUGACUCGGGACCCAUCCAUCACUCGCGGCUUUACCGAGUUCAACGAGCUCUUGUCAAUCGGCUACAUGGAACAGGACAAGAUCAGCUAUCACGACGACGGAGAAGACACCUUGGGCCCUACGGUAGCUACACUUUCUUUGGGAAGCCCGGCCAUCAUGUGCUUCGCCAAAAAGCCGAAGAAGAAGGGAAAGGAGGAGUGUGUCCUCAAGUUCCCUAUAUAUCACGGCGACAUCGUAGUAAUGCAUGGCCCCCGCAUUCAUGAAGCAUAUCUGCAUAAAGUCGACCCCAAGGGAAAGCGUCGCAUCGCUCUGACCUGCAGAAACAUCGACCUCAAGCACCCGAGUUUCACCCCUCAAGACCGAGAUGAUGCAAUCAUGAAGAGCACUGUGCCGCCGGUAUCCAAGGUCUGGGACUACCCGAAGCCCGGUGACAGCGAGGAAGUCGAAAUGCAGCCUUGCAGUAACUGCUUGACUCCGGCUCACAAUAAACCGGUCGUGCCCAGCGCUACUGCGCCCAUGACCACCACCAUCACCACAUCUGGGGUCAAGGAUCCUGCAGGAGAGAGCGAUGCUCCACGUCGUCGAAUCACGCGCACCCAUGCCAGAAAGCGCGUUGCAACUGAUCUCAACGACGGUACCUACAGCGAGGGAGAGGCUUCUCGCUCUCGCACUGCCAAGAAGCGCAGAACCAAAGCCUAA